AUGGGACUUGGUAUACUAAACGGAAACAAGGAAGAGGAUGAACAAGGAGAGUGGACGUUUACAGGGACAAUGGGAAAAUCAGUAAUAGACUAUGCAAUCUGCAAUGUGGAAACAUGGGAAGAAAUUAAGAGCUUCAAAAUAGGAGAGAGGACGGAGGCAGAUCACCAACCACUGGUGGUAGAAAUGAAGGCGAAAAUAGAGGAGAUAAGAAGAGAGGAAGAAGAGAGAGAAAUAGAGAUAAAAGAUUGGUCAGAAGAAGGAAUAAAAAUAUAUAAGGAAAAUCUUAAGAGAAGAAAGACAGAAAAAGAAGGAGCACAGGAAGAAUGGGAAGAACUAGUGGAAGAAAUCAGAAAGGCGAUAAACAAAAAGACAAUCAAGAGAAAAGCGAAAGGAAUAGGACAGAAAACUUGGUGGGACAAGGAAUGUAGAAACAGUAAAACGAAACUAAAUCGAUCUUUAAGACAAAUGAAAAAAGGAACGAUAGAAAGAAGAGAAUAUAUAGAAGAAAAACAAAGGCACAACAAACUAUGUGAAAGAAAGCGAAAAGAGGACAGAGAAAGAGAACAGAAAAGAUUAGCAGAAAUAAGCAACGAAACAGAGAUAUGGAGAUACAUAAGGAAGGAAAGAGGUCAACGAGAACAACUGGACAACAGCAUAGGAGAAUUACAAUGGAAAAGACAUUUUAUGGAAUUACUGGAAGGAAAAGAAAUAACCGAUACAGAAGACGAGCAGGAAGAGAAGGAUAUACGGGAAAAAUUGUGCAGAGAGGAAGAGGCAGUGGAGGAACGAGGAGGAAUCACAGAAGAAGAAUUAGAAACUGCGAUAAAAAGGCUCAAGAAAAAGAAAGCAACGGGAGAAGAUGGACUCAAAAACGAAAAUUCUAGGGAAGAUAUGGAAUGGAAAGAAAAUACCAAGAGGGUGGAAAACAGGCUUAAUAUAUCCAAUCCAUAA